AUGAUUCAAGUGAAACCAGCAGGAUUUAAAUUUGUCUUUGCUCUGAAUAAAAAUUCAUCUCGACUGCGAAUAGUGGAAUAUAUCGUUUCUAUCAAAUGCACAAGCGUAGAUUUGUUCGAAUUAUUGAUAAGCAAUACAGAUGAAUCACACUAUUACAGUAUCUCAUUAGAUAAUUUGAUAGUAAAAAAGGGUGGUAUUCCGGCGAUUCUAAGCUGUCAACUAUUAUUUGAUGAUUUUUCUCUUCAUGUGGAACGAAACCAAAAUGAGCAUAUACAUUACAAAAAACAGCUCUAUAAUUUAAAAUCAGAUGCGAAAAAGUCUACUUAUGAAAGAAUACUGACCACUAAACAACAUCAUAAAACUUUGUAUAAGAUCAAAUGGACUAACCUACAAAAAUCUAAAAAUUUAUACCAUAAUUAUCAAAUCGUCCAAGCACACAAAGUUCUAGCUCGCUAUAAUAAGUUCUCUAAAUUUCUAACAAUAGAAGAAUCAAAGGGGAUGAAAAAUAAUUCAAACAAUCAGAACUAUAUAAAAGACAUUGAGAAUCAGAGAAAAAAAUCUGUUGUAAAUGAGCAAAAAGCUAUCCAUUCAAAAAAUAGCAUCAAAAUCUACAGCUGGAUGUCGAUAUUGGAUGAUUAUUUGAAAAAACGUCAACAUCAUUCUCUUUAUAUAUUUUCCUCUCAAAAUAAAUUUCGUCGAUUAUGCCAAUGGUUUGUUGAAAGUAAAUGGUGUGACAAUAUUUUAUUGUCGUUCAUAGGUUUGAAUUGUAUUACUUUGGCAAUGGAGCGACCAACAAUAUUAUCUAAUAGCUUGGAAAGAGCUUUCCUUUCAAUCGCAAAUAACGUUUUUACAGCUAUAUUUGCUUCGGAGAUGUUGAUAAAGAUCGUGGCUUCCAGUAUGAUUAAAGGCUCAGAUGCCUACUUUACAUCUGGAUGGAAUAUCAUGGACGGCAUACUUGUCCUUAUUUCAAUAAUAGAUCUUUUUAUAUCUUUGAUUUCAACGAACAGCUCUCGAAUACUUGGAAUAUUAAAAGUUUUCCGACUAUUACGGUCUCUCCGUCCACUGCGAGUUAUUAAUCGUGCGCCUGGAUUAAAACUCGUUGUUCUAACCUUAAUAUCAUCAGUAAAACCGAUCGGUAAUAUCGUUCUAAUUUGUUGUACAUUCUUCAUUAUUUUUGGAAUUUUGGGAGUGCAGCUUUUCAAAGGAACAUUUUUCUAUUGUGAUGGUCCUAACAUAACCAAUGUUCGAAAUAAAACUGACUGUUUAAUGGAUAGAAGAAAUGUAUGGAUCAACAGAAAGUAUAAUUUUGAUAACUUGGGAAAAGCUUUAAUGUCGCUAUUUGUAUUGUCAUCCCGAGAUGGAUGGGUUGAUAUUAUGUAUACUGGUAUUGAUGCCGUCGGAAUUGAUCAACAGCCUAAAGAAAACUUUUCUGAAUGGAGAAUAUUAUAUUUCAUAUCAUUCAUUCUUGUUGUCGGAUUUUUCAUCCUGAAUAUGUUCGUCGGAGUUGUAGUAGAAAAUUUCCACCGUUGUCGAGAAGAACAAGAAAAAGAAGAACGUCUAAAGAGAGCUUUGAAAAAAGCUCAGCAAAUCAAAAAACAUAGAAAAAAAAUAUUGACAACUGCUUAUUACAAAAAUUAUUCAAAAUCAAGAUUAUAUUUGCAUAGUGUUGUCACUUCGAAAUAUUUUGAUUUAGCAAUCGCUGCUGUAAUUGGAUUGAAUGUUGUUACAAUGGCAAUGGAAUUUUAUAUGAUGCCAAAAGAGCUUACUUAUGCAUUGAAAAUUUUCAAUUACUUUUUCACGGCUGUAUUUAUUCUUGAAUCAUUGAUGAAGAUCUUAGCACUUGGCAUACCUAUAUACUUCGAAGAUAAGUGGAACAAACUAGAUGAAGGAAUUGUCAUUCUUUCAGUCGUUGGAAUAAUUUUGGAAGAAGUUCAGUCAAAGAUCAUUCCUAUUAAUCCAACAAUUAUUCGUGUCAUGAGGGUUUUGCGAAUUGCUCGAGUUCUAAAACUUUUGAAAAUGGCGAAAGGAAUCCGAGCUUUACUGGAUACAGUAAUGCAAGCACUACCACAAGUUGGCAAUUUAGGCCUUCUUUUUUUUUUGUUAUUUUUCAUAUUCGCUGCACUUGGAGUUGAAUUAUUUGGUAGAUUAGAGUGCAGCUCAAAAUUGCCUUGCCAAGGUCUAGGUGAGCACGCCCAUUUUAAUCAUUUUGGGAUGGCAUUUUUAACUUUGUUCAGAGUCGCUACUGGCGAUAAUUGGAAUGGAAUUAUGAAAGACACACUCCGUGAACAUUGCGAUGAUUCGAUGGACUGUGUUAAAAAUUGCUGUGUGAGCACGAUAAUUGCCCCUUUAUUUUUCGUUAUUUUUGUCUUGAUGGCCCAAUUCGUUCUUGUAAAUGUUGUGAUUGCUGUACUUAUGAAACAUUUAGAGGAAAGUCAUAAACAGAUUAAAUAUGAACUUGAUAUCGAAAGAAAGUUGAAAAAGAAAAUUGCUACAGAUCAAGAAAAGCUUACAUAAUCUAGUGAACGAAGCAAUACGUAAUUGAUGUAUACCAAGAACUUUUGAGAAUUUUAAGAAAAUCAAGAUUGUUACUUUUUUAAUGCUUAAUCAUGUAUCGAAUUUUUUUUUCGAUGACUUAGUUAUGUGAGUCACAAUUUAAUGGUUCAUAUAAUUAUCUUGGAACUAGUAUUCUAAUUCUUUGAUCAGAAAUUUCUUUUUUAUUUUAAUUUUUUCUCUAUCCACUAUAGAUUUCAAUUUGUAAGCACGUGCGGCAAAAGUAAACGUUCCAUUUAUGUAUAUUGAAAAAUAUUAAGCUACGUAUAAAAUUAAAAGUCACUUUACUGACGAUUUUCUAUCAAAGUAGCAGAAGUCACAAAGUAAAAUAAAAUGUUAAACACUGUACUUAAGCUGAAAGGGCACCUAAUAUUAAAUCUUUUCCGAAAUUCAUUAAACUAGUCAAGUAUUUACAAUAUGUAGUUGGUUGUUAAAAACAAAAAUAAUAUUAAUAUUUAUU